AUGGCCAUAACUGAAGUUUCACAAGAUUUGACGUUGCAGUAUCACUUCGAACCAGAGGCAAAACCUCUUGGCAAUAAACGGGUGCUUCAAGCUAUCAGCAAACUUCGUGUUGCUACAGAGCAAUCUAGAAUUCGAGAAGCCCAGGCUGAGCAGGUCUGGAAACGACAGUUGAAAGUCCCACGAUUCAAUCCUACCACGCGCUGGAUUUGA